AUGAAAUAUUUCUUUGCAAUUAUCCCCCUCGCUUGCCUCAUCUCGGCACUUGCCAACUCUACAGUAAAACCGACGAAGGCCACUCGUUGUAAUGUGAAUAAUAACUACAACAGCUUCUACGCUGGACCCAACUGCAAGAAAAUCGAGCAACAAUUAGCAGAAAUACGACAAGAAAUCAGGGCAUUGAAAAGUCAGUCAUUGAAAAGUCAGUCAUCAAUACCUCACUAAAACACCGUCAAAACCCCUCCAAAAUGUCACGAAAAUACUAUAAUUCUUAUUUUUUAUUACGUCCAAGCACAAUGCAAAACAGAGGGAGGGCUGCGGCGAAUAGUUAAAAUGUUUAAUACUGAGUCUAAAUAAUGCAUUUACAGCUAUGUGUCUCAUUUCAUUCUUGAAUUUGCUAACUCUUUUGGAUUAACCUUUAACCUUGAAGAAUAACGGCUAGAAAAAAUAGCCAAAAACUAAUUACCGCAUCGAAUGAUCAUUUUAUUUCAGUUUACAAGAACUGCGCUGAAGUCUACAAGUCCGGUGACAAGAUCAGUGGAGUGUAUAAAAUCAAUCCUGAUGGUCUGAGCGAAUUUGAAGUGUUCUGUGAUCAGAAAACAGCCGGUGGAGGUUGGACGGUGUUUCAGAGGAGGCGAGAUGGCUCUGUUGAUUUUUUCCGCGCUUGGGAUGAUUACAAACGUGGUUUUGGCAAUCUGAACGGUGAGUUCUGGCUCGGUUUGGACAAGAUACAUCGGCUGACUGUAAGCAGUGGUUAUAAACUCCGUAUCGACUUGGGAGACAUUCAUGGAAAAACUGCAUUUGCAGAGUAUAGCUCCUUUUCCGUGAAAAGCGAGAAGGCGAAAUACCAACUGAACUUCGGAAGUUAUUCGGGUAAGUUUAUACAGGGCUCAAAAAGAGUCAGUCGGCGAAAAAUGUUGCUAAUUGGCAAAUACAAUAAAAGAAGAAAAAAGAAAGAAUAUAAGAUUUUUUUCUUGAAAUUGAUCGCGAUUGGAACGUGGAAGUUAUCUGUUGAUUUUUACAACAACAAUUGACCUUGUUUGUAAUGCCAUAUUAGAUCAUAUAAAAAAGUUUUAAAAGGAUUGGCCUAGGUCUUGAGAGAGAAAUAAGGGUGUUUAAUUGAAUUAUCAGCAAGCACAAGAUCUCCAUCGGUUUCGUAGCUUUACCAAAUGUUAUUUUUAAUGUUCCUUUUAAGACCUGUGGAAGGACUUUUAAUUUUGUUUUUAAUAAUCUGGAAGUGUUUCGUCCCGGUUGGGUUAAUUAAAGUGGACUGAGGUUGUUUAAUAUGCAGGACUGAAAUUGACCGGUUGAAAAACUCUGCGAAAGAUAACCCCUGAAAUAUAAGUUAGACCUCUUUAAAUGUUCUGAAAACAUAGCCAAGAAAAGUCUUAAUGAUGGUGACAGUUUCGAUGACUGUCAGCCAUCUUUAUCAAAACUUGAAAAUCGUCAAAGGUGUCAGAAGCCUUAAACAGCUUUCUGAAGGUGUUAGACCUAAGUUAGACAUAUAUUUCACUUUUUUCCCCUUUUUGUAGGAACCGCUGGUGAUGGGCUUGGCCGUAUGCAUCGUGGUAUGUCAUUUUCCACCAAGGAUCGUGAUAAUGACAGGUGGGGUCGCAACUGUGCCUUGCAUUUUAAAGGCGCUUGGUGGUACAACGAUUGUCACCACUCCAACCUGAAUGGUCUGUACCUCAAUGGUAAGAGUGAUUGUCAAGGAAUGCGCUGGAACAGUUGGCCGAAGGGUCCCUGCUACUCUGUCAAGAAAGCCGAGAUGAAGAUACGUCCAAAAGAUUUUUGA